AUCUAGCAAAAGCAUGUCUCCGAAGGUGCUUGAGCUUUUGGGACCAAUUAAUCUUUGGGGCCGACCAAUGCUUGCUCUGCUUCGAAUUUUCGAGACUGUGGGUCUGCUGUGAGUUGGUUUGUGCUUCAGUUGCUGUGGGCAAACUGAUUCCUCUCUUAUGUGUGUUUGCAGCUGUGACCAGCGGAGCUAAUGUGUGAUAAGUAAUGGCAAGAAGCCGGCCUUGUGGCAGGUCCAAGUCUGAUCACAGGGUCUGCCAGGCUGCUCGCUAUGCGUGCGCCGCAGAGUACAGGGACCGCAUCACAAUUAGUGCAGAAAGGCAGGAGUUUCUAAUCGCUGCUGUCAAUUCACGAAGCAAUGACAUUCCUGCCCCUCGCCGCCGGCGGUGCCAGCGGUCAGAGGGACUGAAACAUGAGGGGCAGCCUGCUCGCAAUGUUUGGCUAGGCCAGGGCUUCAGUGCUGCUGAUCAGAAAGCAAGGCGUCAGGAUGCGCGGGUGCUCCAAAAAGCUCUGAAGUGGACUGCAAAUCGCGACCCGCAUGCCAUUUACUGCCGCGAGUGCGACACUACCGCAGAGUAUGGGCUCCGUGGGGGCAAGAUGGGAGGGGCUCUCACCUACUUCUGCGAGAGCCACGGGCCAUCAAAGGGAUGUUUCAAGAUCAACAGCGACUGUGCAGCAUGGGUUCAGGGGAGCGACAAGGCGCGAAGGAAGGCCUGCCCUGAGCCCGAGCAGCAUCAGAAGGGGCCCGGGCCAUCUGCUGCUCCUCGGUCAUGGACGGCGACAGUCGAGUCCGCGUGCGCUGACCGCGGCGCCCGCCACAGCCCCACAACCAGCCCUCAUGCGACCGCCAGCAACUCCAGGUCGGACUGUGGUUUUGGCGCAGCCUGCCAUCCGCACGCCGCCAGUGGCGAUGCGCAGCCCGGGCAGCCUCUUGUCCGUGGUCGCGCAGAGGGCCUGCGCGCCCUUUCAAGCGGGAGCGCCAGGUUUGGGGUCCAGUCCGCCGCUGCCACAAUGAGCGGGCUGGCAAGGAGCGCAUCCCAAGGGUAUGGCAGGGUGCUCUCAACAUCCUUUGGGGUAUGGCGGCCCCCCAAAAACGGCGCAAUCCUUUGCAGAGGCAUGGCCGGGCUCGCCCAUCAUGCGCAAGGAUCCGCAGCCUACGAGGGCGAGUCGGAGAAGGUUUUUUACUCCUCAGCACCAAAGAGCCGGGCGCUGAUAGCGACACAGCUGAUGAUCGGGGGCGUCGAGAGCAACCCAGGGUGGCCCACACGGGAUCCCGACACCCCGAGCAGCUCGUCCGAACGACCCCUGAUUUCCAUCUCAACCGCGGCGGAGGUCCAGGAGAGCGGCAGGCCGAAGCCGGUCAGCACUGAGUAUUUCGAUGCGUGGCGAGCAAGCCAACCAAACCCAAACUGGGUGGCAGAAGUGAUGCCCCGCUCUGCUGCGCAACCUGCUCAACCCCCGGGACAGGAGCUAACAACUGCGCCUAGCGUCAGCAGAGAGGAGACGGGCCCCUCCUCCAGCGACCCGCACCAACCUCGCUCCGCUGCUGCCGAGCUGGCACCUACGGACCCCGGCCCCUCCUCCAGCCGCCCGCAUCCUGACAACUCCGCUGCAACGGAGCUGGCACCUACGGAGGUUGCGGGCAGGAAGAGGGGCGCCUCGAGCAGAGAGAGCUCCCCGGCGCCAAGCGGUACCAGGAUCCGGAUCAGAAGCCCGGACGAAGAAGAGGUAGCAGCGACGUCAGAUGAAGAGGCCGCCUCCUUCGACAUUGAAGAGACGUCGGACGAGACCGAGUCUGACGAGGAGCCCACAUCCGAGGACGACCGGGGCAUCAACGACUCGGCGGUGCCGAAUGCUGAGACGCGGGAUCUGUACCGGCAGAUGGAGAUGGAGGAAGCAGCAGCUCGCCUCGAGGAGGACGAGACCCCGGAUGAUGCGCUGGCACCCAUGCGGAGGGAGAUGCAGAGGAGGCGAGCCCGGGAUGAAGCGCCACCGACCUCAAUACUUGCAAUGGCGCGCAAGGACCUUGUGGCGGUGCCCGAGCCUGCUGUGCAUUCUGACUCGCUGACUGGCAACGAGGUCUUCAAGAAGGACGGGUUCCGGGUGCUGCGUGUGCGGGAGCACGGCACCAACUGCUUCCAUCAGAGAGGGGCCAACCCAAGGGGCCGCCUCCCCGGCCCAAAGUUCUUCAUGCAGCAGGAGGCUGCGCUGCUGAACCACGAGGCGCAGGUGGUCCUGCACAAAUGGGGUGGCACGGUCAGGGAUGGGGUGAGGGUCCCGUGGCGCAGCUUCGCGUCCUAUCCAAAUUGGGAGACGGCACGGUUGCAUCUCGAGGGGCGGCACGGGUCUGUGACGGAGAUUAUCCAGAACGGGAAGCCCUGUAAACCCUACCUUGACCUCGACGGGAAGGACGGGCUCCCCUUCAAGCGCAAGCCGGUGAUUGGGGCGGACGGGGAGGUUGUGGAGGCGGGGGAGAGGUACCGGCCGGAGGAUGUGACCAGGAUCAUCGAGAAGUGGGCCGGUAUCGUCUUCAAGGAACAGUACGACUGUGAGCUGCAUCCGAGCAGCUUUGUCUGGAUCGAGAGCCCGGGCCAGACCAAGUUCAGCCUCCACCUCACGAUCAACCAGCUGUCCCCCCGUCAGCUCGUCUUCGGCUCCAACGCCGAGGGGGCUCUCCACUUUGCGAGGCGCCUCAAGAAGAGGGCGUUCCAGUUUGAUCCUGCGGUCGCGGCUCUCAUCGACCUGAACGUGUACACAAAGGACCGUAAGUGGCGGACGCCGGGGAGCGCCAAGGUCGAGAAGCCGGAGAGCGUCCUGUCAUACAUUGAUCCGGCCCAUUCCUGGAAGGACGCUCUGGUGACUUGGCUGGAGCCCCCUGAGGCCCGUGACGAGGUCAAGCUGCCAUUCGAAGUGCCCCAAAGGCUCCACGAGAAGUUCAGCAACCCUCGUGUCAUGUCCGAACGGGGCACAGAGCGCAGCUCGAAGAACGAGGAGUUCGUCAAGGCCCGCAUGCUAGCGCUGCUCAGGGAGCGCUUGCACCCUAGCGCUUACGAGGAGGGCCCAGAUCGCUAUAAUUACAGCGAUCGGACGGAGCCGUGCUACACGGGUCGGAUCCACGAGAACCGCCAGAAUCUAACCUGUCACCUCAACCCGAACGGCAAGAUCUAUGCUCUGUGUUUCAGCCAAAACACUGAGGGUGGGGACUCAGACGUUCCCUGUGUCGAGAGGGCGUACUGCCUGGGGGACCUGUUCGAGGACAACAUCUCGUACGAGACGGGCGCCGUCAAGGUAGACAUGGAGCACCUGACGCGUGUCCCUGGCGCGUCGACCCCUGAGCUCGUGGCCGAAGUAGCAGCGGGGCGGAGGAUGCCGGACGAUCUGAUGAAGCUAAACACCGUCGCCAACGAGUGGAUCGAUGGCAGAUUCCGCUUGCUCGGCAUCCGGUCGGGCGUGAACACUGGCAAGACGGUGUUCUGCGGGGCGGUUGGGGACGAGCUCUGGCAAGCGAGCGGCCGCGCCCACACGUCGAUCAUGAUCACGUACCGAGUGGCCCAGGCUCAAGACCUCAAAGCGCGCUUUCCCCGCACCGCAAACUACCUCGACCUGAAGGCCGACUACGAUCACAAGAACGUGUGGUUCCCGGAUUCCGACAACAAGCACAACCUCCUAACAGCUCUGCAGUCUCGAAAGGACUUUCCCGAAAUCGUGGUUCAGGUGGACAGCCUCCUAAACCUCCGGCGGGGCAGCAUUGGCGAGGUGGCCCCGUUCGAUCUCGUGAUCCUCGACGAGGUGGCGAGCAUCCUGGCGCACCUCUCCGCGGCGACCGUGAGGAACGGGAUGGAGACCAGUGAGCUGUUCCUGGAGAUUGUGCAGCGGGCGAAGCGCGUGUUGGCCAUGGACGAUGGGUACGGGCAGCGGGAGCACGACUUCUUCCGGCUUGCACACGUGCCCGGGAAACUCGUCAUCAACACAAGAAGGGCAGCGGUGCCUCUAACGUUCCAUGUCGGUCAGGAUGAGAAGAAGUGGUUGGAUCGGAUCGUCGAGGAUCUCGCAGCCGGCAAGAACGUGGUCGUCGUGAGCAUGUCGGCGAAAGUCUUGGACCGUAUCUGGGACCGGGUCACCUCGGACCAUGCGCUUCGGCUCGCAGACACAGACAUCCUCAUCCACAAGGCCUUGAGCGGGGGCGAAACGACGGCUCUCCUGAAGAACGUUGCAGAGAAUUGGAAGGUUCGCCUGCUCAUGUACAGCCCCACCGUUGAGGCUGGCGUGAACUUCGAUAUUCCCUGGUUCCAUACCAAGUUCCUCUACAUGUGCAAGAUGAGGACGACAGCUCGGGCGGCCUGGCAGGCGACGCUGCGGGUGCGGAAAUCGGAGAGCCCGCUGAUCCACUGCUACGUCCAGUCGUCCAUCUCCGUGAUGCUCGACUGUGCGCAGGAGAUCCCGGCCACGCGACUCUGCGCUCUGGAUCAGCAGGGAACGACGGCUAUGGCACCGCAUGCUUUGGACGCGGACGACGAGUCUGCUUUGCAGGAUGCUGAUGGCGACCGCUUGGACCAGCAAGUGGCCGCUGAUUCCCCUCUCAAUCGGGCGUCCGGUUCCCAGUCUGGCGUAGGGGCCUCCUCUGGCCAACAUUCUGGACGAACCAAGGGACUCUUCGCCCCCCCGCGGUGCGUGACCACGGCGGAGACGCUGCAUUUUCUGCAAGCUUGCAACAGCGAAGUGACGGCUGCAUGGAGGCGAGUCCCGUCGAGAACCGAGGACCCGGGCAAAGUUGUCCGGCUGAUCGAGGACGGCCCCCUCUUCCGGACGUUCGCGCAUACGGAAGCAGAGCGGCGGAACUCGGACACGCGCCUGCUUCACGAAUUCCAGCUGCAAGUCUCGCGAGCCGGCCACGUGGUGGAGCUCGAGCAACCCGAAAAGCUUUCGAAAAAGAGCAAGAGUCGGAAAGGGCUAGACGCAGAGGCGUUAGCGAUCAUCGGGGCGAGGGCGAUCAGUGCGGCGGAGUUUGAGGUGUUGAGAAGGUUGCGAGACACGAAGAGGGACAGGGGGUCGCAGAGUGUCGAGGUGAUGAGGUACGAGGCCUGCCAGUUCUACGGCCUCAAGGACCUUGACGAGCACUUUUCCAAGGAGACGAAGGCCGAGUACAAGCCCCCGUUCUCAAAGAAGCUCGACUUUAUGCUAAAGGUGCUACUUCCAGGGCGGUUCCUCGACAAGGGGGCGGUGGCCCGCCAGAGUCUCGAGGUCAAGAUGGUGGAGACCGCGCGGGGGCUUCUCAAGGACUUGGGCCUGGCGCAUGCGUUUGACGUGGACGGUGAAACGCGCUCGCUCCUUGCAGGCGGACUCAAAGGCAGGCUAUUGCGAUCAGACCUGUUCAAGGGUCGCCCUACGCAGGUUGGUUCAAAGACCACAAUGUCGGAGAAGCCCGUUUCCGAGAUGUUCCGGAUCCAGUUGCCGGCGCCCAAAGAGGGAAAAGUUGAACUCGAUCCCGUCCAGUUCAAGGCGGUGAUGAACGUUGUGCUCGGACACAUGGGCCUCAAGCUUGGGAAGGCGAUUGAGGUGAGCCGCCCGCGACGAGGGAAGGGGAAGCAGCACGAGUCGGCGUCCGGGAACAGCGAUUACAAGUACAAGCUGGAGCGGAAGUACGUUCUCAGGAUGGCAAAGCUCGUCAAGCUGCAGUUUCGAGAAGUCCCUCGAGUCUGGCAGCAUCGGAGACAGCUGGAGCCUGCAGUCCGAGCGUUCCUCAACGAGGUAGAUGCCAGCGAUCUGGAUCAUUUGUUGAGCAGGCCCUCCGGUCACCCUUUGAUAGAGGAUUUGAGCUCACCAACAGGCGAGGAGAGUCCUGAGUGUAUGAUUGUGAUUCGGUGAUUAUUGGGAGAAUGAAGUAAUUGUAACAUAUUGAGGUUCUCAAAUGCGUCAAAGAUGGACAAGGGUAUAGACAGGGCUGAAUGCGAACCAAUUUAGAAUUGUCGCAUUCGAUUAUGUUUAAGCAUGAAGUACUAAGGUAUGACACAAAUAGUGGCCCAAAGGUAGCGGUGUUCCUACUGAGAGGAAGAUAGUUGAUGUAUGAUAUUGGAAAUCACAACUCUGUGCAAUCGUAUAUGAGACAUGCAACGAAACCCUCAAUGUGCACCGUCUGGCCAACUUUUCGAAUAGUG